GUUAAAAGUGGUUAUGGCUACAGUACAGGGCAUCACAUCUCAGCUAUAGAAGACAUCUAAAGGCUGAGUUAAACAGAGAAGGAGAAGGUCAAGGCUGGGAAGAUGCGUUGCUUCAUGCCUCCAAGAAAAUUUCCCCACUAUGAAGAGGACGUAGUGUCACCCGGCAGAGAAGACUUCAGAUAUGAACUAUGCAGGAUAAUGCGGCCCGACGAUGCCAACAUUGUGGGCAACGUGCACGGGGGCAACAUCUUGAAGAUGAUCGAGGAAGCCGGAUGCAUUGUCAGCACACGACACUGCAACACACAGAAUGGGGACCGCUGUAUGGCAGCGUUGGUGCGGGUGGAAAAGACGGAGUUCUUGUACCCGAUGUUCAUUGGGGAGGUCGCCCACGCCACCGCUGAGAUCACGUUCACCUCUCAGCACUCUCUGGAGGUGCAGGUCAAAGUCAUGGCUGAGAACAUCCUCACAGGUGCCAAAAAGCUGGUAAACCGGGCCGUGCUGUGGUACGUCUCCUGCUCUCUGCAGAAUGUCGACAAGAUCAUGGACGUGCCGCCCAUCAAGUAUGAUAGCAGCGAACAAGAGGAGGAGGGUCGAAAGCGCUACGAGGCUCAGAAGGCAGGGAGACUGAAAACCAAGGAAAGGAUUGAAGAAGUUGUGCCGCCUCCAAAGCAACCAGAAAAACACACAGUCGGAUACAGCCAGUCCAGUCUGAUCCAUCUGGUUGGUCCUUGUGACUGCACCCUACAUGACUACGUGCACGGAGGCGUGACCAUGAAGCUGAUGGAUGAAGUCGCAGGCAUUGUUGCAGCACGUCACUGUAACACCAACAUAGUCACUGCCUCUGUGGACGCCAUCAAUUUCCAUCGCAAGAUCAAGAAAGGUUGUGUAGUGACCGUAACGGGUCAUCUCACGUUCGUCAGUAACAAGUCCAUGGAGAUAGAAGUGCUGGUAGACGCCUGCUCGCUGGUCGAUGCUGAGAAAGUCAACAAUCGCGCCGUCUCGGCCUUCUUCACGUUCAUCUCGCUGGACAAGUUUGGCAAAGCUCAGCCUGUUCCUCCUCUCAAGGUGAGCGGUGAGGAGGAGCAGAGGCGUUACGAAGAAGGCCAAGUCCGUUACCUCCACAAUAAAGCCAAGAGAAUGGCAGAGAAGGAAGGCAAGCAGUGACACCGCCGCAACACUGAAGGAAAUCAAAGCCCGCUCUUCCUCUUCCUCUUCCUCUUCCUUUCCUCUUGUCAUAGCCUCCUCCUCAAACUUGACCAAAGUGUUCACAUAUAGUAA